CUGGCGGAAAGACAAAACAUAAACUAGGUUGCACAGUGCAGAGGGCUGUUUGUAAUUUGUUUUGGUGUUAUCUAUGUGUGUGGGAGGUUGAGUCAGAUUAUGUGAAGUGUUUUCGUAUAGGUGUGAUAGGAUACCAGUGCACAUUUGAUAUUAAGCUAUGGGAUAAUAAAUUCGUGUUACGUCCAUAAUGAUUAAAGUUUCAUUUGAAUUUCGUGUAUUUUGUCGCUAUUUUGUAACUACUUUCGCGUGGAGUCAAAAAUCGGUAAAGAGCGACCUUCCUGCUAUGAAAAUCUUGAAUGUUGCAGAAAAAAAUGACGCAGCAAAGAAUAUCGCAUACUUUUUAUCCGGUGGACAUAGCAGAAAAAGAGAGGGGCUAUCAAAAUACAACAAAAUUUAUGAAUUUGAAUACACAGUGUCUGGACAGCGAAGUCAAAUGAUAAUGACAUCAGUAUCUGGUCACUUACUAGGAAUGGACUUUGUAAGUGGUUAUCGAAAAUGGAGCAGCUGCAGCCCUCUUUUGCUGUUUGAUGCUCCCAUUAUUAAAUUUUGUCCUAAGGAUUAUGAACAAAUAAAGAAGACACUGGAAAGAGAAGUACGGUCAUGUGCAAUGUUAAUCAUCUGGACAGAUUGCGAUCGUGAGGGGGAGAACAUUGGCUUUGAAAUAAUUCAGGUGUGUUCCUCUGUGAAACCAAAUCUGCGAAUAUAUAGGGCUAAAUUUUCUGAAAUCACUGCUGCAUCUGUGCAUAGAGCAAUACAGAAUCUGGCAGAACCUAACAAACAAAUCAGUGAUGCGGUUGAUGUACGCCAGGAGCUCGAUUUGCGAAUAGGUGCUGCGUUUACUCGGUUCCAAACACUUCGACUGCAGAAGGUUUUUCCUGAAAAACUCAGUGAUUCAUUGAUCAGUUAUGGAAGCUGUCAGUUCCCAACUCUUGGAUUUGUAGUUGAGAGAUACAAGGCUGUUGACAGUUUUGUCCCUGAACUCUUCUGGAAAAUUUCUGUAUCUCACACAAUAGAAGAACUGACAGUGGUGUUCACAUGGAAACGAGUGCGUCUUUUUGACCAGCUUGCAUGCCAAGUGCUGUAUGAAGUGUGCAUGGAAAACCCUACAGCAACCGUGGAAAGUGUCCAGAGUAAACCAAAGAGCAAAUGGAGGCCAUUACCCCUUGACACAGUGGAACUUGAGAAGCUUGCAUCUCGCAAACUGAAACUCAAUGCUCGUGAUACUAUGAAAAUUGCUGAGAAACUGUAUACCCAAGGUUUCAUUAGCUAUCCUCGAACUGAAACAAACAUUUUUCCACGUGAGAUGAAUUUACGAAGUAUAGUUGAACAACAGACUGAAGAUGCUCGCUGGGGAGAUUUUGCUGGCCGUGUUCUUCAGGAUGGGCCAAACCCUCGAGUUGGAAAAAAAUCAGAUCAGGCCCAUCCUCCUAUCCAUCCAACAAAAUACACAAACUCACUCACAGGGAAUGAACAAAGAUUAUACGAAUUUAUUGUUCGACACUUCCUCGCAUGUUGCUCCAAGGAUGCUGAGGGCCUGGAAACUAUAGUGGACAUUGAUAUUGCUGGAGAAAAGUUCGUGGCAAGUGGCCUGAUGAUAAUUGCAAGGAAUUACUUGGAUGUUUAUCCUUAUGAAAAAUGGAAUGCCAAAGAAAUACAUAUCUACCAAAAUAAUCAGAAAUUUAAGCCAACAACAAUAGAAAUGGUUGAUGGUGAAACCAGCCCACCUAAUCUGUUGACAGAAGCAGAUCUCAUAGCCCUUAUGGAAAAACAUGGCAUAGGGACUGAUGCAACUCAUGCUGAUCAUAUAGAGACAAUAAAGCAGCGAUCCUAUGUUGGUCUUGAGAAUCAGAUGUAUUUUGUGCCUGGUUGUCUGGGGAUGGGUCUUGUUGAGGGUUAUGACUCAAUGGGAUUUCCAAUGUCGAAGCCUAAUCUGCGUGCUGAGCUGGAAAUCGACCUGAAGAGAAUAUGUGAAGGAACAAAAGACCCAAAACUUGUGCUGACAGAGCAGUUAGCAAAAUACAAAGAAGUCUUUCGAAUUGCCUUAGAACAGGCAGCUAAAAUUGAUGAAGCAUUAGGAAAAAGUUUUAAUGAACAGCCUCGCCUUGUUGAGGAAGAAACAUCCAUAGGACAUGAAGGAGCUAGUGCUGUUUGCAAAUGUCCAUCAUGUGGUCUUGAUAUGGUACCAAAAUCACGCAGAGAUAAUCAAGGCUGGUACAUUGGUUGUAUGGGCUUUCCUGCUUGCAGGAAUGCUGUUUGGUUACCGUCCUGUGUACAACAUGUGGAAGUUAAAAAUGAGCAUUGUAGACAGUGUGGGCCAGAUGUAAAAUUGGUGCACUUCAAGUUUAGCCAGGAUAGAGCAAGAGCAUAUUAUGGAUCUGAACAUACUGGCUGCUUAGGAGGCUGUGAUCAGCAGCUCUUAGAGCUGUUAGAUGUUGGAGCCAUUACAGCAUGUGGGCAGAACACUCCAAGAAGUACAGUUAGCAGAUCAUUUGACUCUGGUGUUGGUACAUUCACACAAGGAGGCCGUACCCAGCAAAGACCAUCACAUGGAGAUAACAGCAGGCCACCUUCGCAACAACAAGAUAAUCCACUUUCUAAUUUUAGUCAGUCCUUUCAAAGAAACAAUAGGACAGUUGGUUCAACAAGUGGCUGGGCUACAGGAAAUGCAGUGAGUGCAACAGUCUCUGCAAGAAACCCCAGAGGUGUUAAUAGCGGAUCAACUUUUGUGAGUUUAGACAGAGACAAUAGUCAGUCUAGAAACAAUGAAAAUCCUAGAAGAAAUGUGAACUGGGGUGGACAGUCUUUUGUCAAUCCAGCAACCAGAAAUGACAAUAGAAGCAGAAGUGACAGUGGUGAUAAUGCAGUUAUGUGUGGUUGCUCUGUCAAUGCUAUAUUGCUUACAGUGCGGAAAGAAGGGCCUAAUACAGGACGCCAGUUCUAUAAAUGUGGAAACCCAGCACAACAGUGCAACUUCUUCAUUUGGGCAGAUGAGGCUCCUGCAGAGAUGCCUGAGGAGCGUAAUGUGAAUUCACCCAUGUGGCAACCAAAUCAGAAUUUCACAGGUCCUGGCAGAGAGACUGAAAAUUCAGGAGACAUUGAAGUGUGCUGUAACUGUGGACAGUCUGCUGUAAUGCGAACUGUUCAAAAAGAUACACCAAACAAGGGCCGCCAAUUUUACUGUUGCCCAAAACAACCAAAUGAACGCUGCAACUUCUUCCAGUGGGUUGAUGAGCCAAAUACAGCCAGAGGGGGCACUAGUAAUAAUGACUGGGGUAGUAGAAGAAGUAAAUGGAAUGGAAAUAGUAGUGGGGCAUCCACAAGUUGGCAAACUAAUGCAGGAACAGGCCGAGGAACAUUUGGUAAGAGAACAUUGCCAUCUCCUAGUGGUGCCAGGAAAAGACGGAAAUGUGGAGUCUGUGGUGAAGAAGGUCACAACAGGAAGAAUUGUUCUCACAAUCCCAGCUGAAUUUCUGCUGUAUUUGAGAGCAGUGUGAAAAAUCAACUCUGAAAAUUUUUCAGAAUUAUAUUCAACAAACCCACAAUCACAAUGUAACAACUUUUUAUUGACUAGCUUUGACAUCAAAGUUUUAACUUUACAUUGUGAGUCAUGAAUUGUAAUAUCCUAUGUUAAUUCCCCUUAAAAAUAGUACAUAAUAAAUUAUAUUAUUGUUUUUACUGCUACUGUUGGUGCUGUUAUAAGUUUACCAUGCUUAACCAAGCAGCAAAAAGGAAGGAUUUUGUACUGUAGUACCUGUGCGUCAUAAUCUUCCAUCCUUUUCAGUUGCAUAAUGCAGCAGUUGUCUUAGCAUUAGCAGUGAAUGCUGUCUUUCUCUUUUUGAGCCGUAUCUAGUGUUAUGUUGUGUGUGCACUUGCAGAAUCAGUUCCUGGUUCAUCACAAGGACUCCUACUUUGAAUCUGUGACUCUUAUGUAGGGAUUCAACACCUCAGGGUGCUGAUCCCCCUCCUGAUACAUUUGUUUACCUUAGAGAUAUUGUCAAGUAGCAAGCUUGGUCCCAUUCUGCUUGAAAAGUUGGGAAUUGAUAAAAAGGUAAAUUUAAUAAAUAUUAUCAUUUGCUUCGAA